AUUAUUGUUUUUUUUUUUUUUAACUUCCUUCUCCGAGCUGGGGGCGGGGGAACUUUGUGCCUGCUCAUUCAAGGGUGAGCGGCUCGGGAGCCGCGGGGCGGAAAGGAACGAUGAGGAGCCCCAGCAAAUCCCUGCUUUUCGCCCACCCAUGAGCUCGGAUUUCCAGCACUACAGUUUCAGGAUGCCGAACAUCGGGUUCCAGAACCUGCCUCUCAACAUAUACAUUGUGGUUUUCGGCACGGCCAUCUUUGUCUUCAUCCUCAGUUUACUCUUCUGCUGCUACCUGAUCAGGCUCAGACACCAAGCACACAAAGAGCUUUACGCCUACAAGCAGGUCAUUCUCAAGGAGAAGGUGAAGGAGCUGAACCUCCACGAGAUCUGCGCCGUCUGCUUGGAGGAGUUCAAGCCCAAGGACGAGCUGGGGAUCUGUCCGUGCAAACAUGCCUUCCACAGAAAGUGCCUCAUCAAAUGGCUGGAGGUGCGCAAGGUGUGCCCGCUCUGCAACAUGCCGGUGCUGCAGCUGGCCCAGCUGCACAGCAAGCAGGACCCUGGCCCCCCCAGCCCCCUCCCGGGCGCAGAGAACCUGGUAUAGCUCCGAGCCCCCCCGGACUCGCCCCGGCGCUCAGGGGGAGCCCCCCCCGGGCACCCGGAGCCGCCAACCAAAGCACUACGGCACCAGCACGGAGCUGGGGAUGGACGGACGGACAGACAGAGAGCUGAGAGCACUUUAGGAGG